AAGUUUCGCCUCAAAAAAGCAAGAAGAGCUGAGGUAAACUUUUUACCUCCACAUGCGGAAGGGCAAUCAGACGAAUCUCUUGAUGACCUAAGAUCACAAAUGAUGAAGGAAACUGAAAAGAAGACAUUCGAUGCCAAGUUCAUUAAAGAAACAAUGGAUGUUACUUUUUCUCUUCGACGCCGAGAGGUUAUUGAAAUUCAACCCCUUGUCCAAGUCCUGAGGGACAGAUGGCCUGCCCUGUUCUUCAAAGAUGAGAUAUGCCGUGAAUUCUUCCGCAUCACACAAAUUGACCUCAUGACAUCAUUCCGAUCAUCACUGGCAAGAUUCACUCCGGCAUUGCUGAAGUACUACAGGAAGAAGAAGGAGUCUGCAGGAUCUGAGCUUACAACACUGCUUGCACCUCUGGAUGACCAGGUGGCAGACAUUGCGGACCUUAGGGAACGCGUUGCCUUGGAGGGACUGCCUCUCGUCCUGAAAGAAGACAAUGGGUGCCUUUUCCGGAAAUGCUUUGACACUGAUGCUGAAGAGACGUACACCAAAGGAGUGAAGAUCGGCAUCCUUUCCGUAGUGGAAGAUGAUGGUGUGGCAGCAAGAAGGUCUCUUCCCAAUGUCGUCAACAUCGCCGUCAUCUUGGAGGAAACAGUGGUCCUAGACGACAUUAACGACUUGCCCUCUGCUGUUGGUUACCUCUUUGGGCUUCUGUAUGCCUGCAAUAUGGAAUAUCCGAAGGGACUGAACUACACAUUUGAGGUGAUCCAGAAGGUUUUUCUUGAGCUUGAUGCGCAGAACUGCUCUGCCAGAGCAAUUUCUCUGCGGCGCAAGAUUUUCGAAUUCUUAAGAUAG